AUGGGUGAAUUCGUUUGCAUAGAAAAGGAAGACAACUCAUUCUCUGACAUUAAAAUCCCAACAUUUAAUGAAAUUAUUGCACACAACAUUAACACAGAAUGGGCCAAACAAUGUUGCCAAAUUUUCACUGAAUUUGGAAAGAAAGCAAGACGUGAAAGAUCAGAUGUUAAAGAAUUUGUUCUAUUUAAUGUGAGAACAAUUGGCAAAUAUUUAACUGAACUCGCGUUGAAACAAGAGACAGUUGAAACAAUUAGUCAACCAGAAGAAAUUAGAAGACAUCAUCAAGAAAUUCAAUCACUUCUCCAAGAAUAUAUUGAUGAGUUGACUUCAAAGAUUGUUGCUGUCAUUGCAGAGAAAUCAGAAAGCGAGAUUAAGACCAUCAUUAAUGAAGGCACUGGUGCGGAUUAUGGAAUUGGUGGUGAAGAAUAA